AUCCAUUAUGGCGGGUAAGGCAUCUUUUAUUCCGCCGGUUAUAGAAGAUAAUCCCGAUGGUUGGGGCCCUUGUGCCAUUCCGACUGCUUUCAAAGACAUACCAUAUCAGCCAUUUUCUAAAGGAGAUCGUCUCGGCAAGAUAUCUGACUGGACUGGUGGCACCUAUCAAGAUCGGAGAUACAUGAAUAAAUACCAGUCUCAGUUUGGAGCAGGAAAUCAAAUGUUCUCUUAUUACCACGAGGAGGAUGAAUCAUCUUUCCAGUUAGUGGACACCUCACGUCCACAGCGUCCCCUUUACCAGAGAAAUAGGAACAGGUUUGGACAGAGAAACAUGAGGAGGGACCAGCGAAACCAGCGAUAUCCAGCAGGGGGAAUGCAAAGUCUGUCAAAGAACCAGAAUCGGCAGAAAUUCUCACGGAAGAUGCAACGGAACUAUGGACGUGGACAAUGGCAUGAUAGAAAACCAGCUAAUAUUCACAAAAGAGCACCUUCUGUAGCAGUUCGUGAGGAAUGGAAAGUUUUGGAGGAUGGUGAAAUGGAUUUUCCGCGACUUUCCAAGCUGAACCUGCCAAACGUAGAGGAACCUGAAGAUUUGUAUGAGUGUGGUAGUUUAGAGUUUUAUGAAAAAAGUUAUGAUCGUGUGACAACAAAGAAUGAGGUGCCUUUAGCUGGAGUGAAUAGAAUCUUCCACAAAGUUACAACUACAGAUGACCCUAUCAUCAGGAAGUUGCUUUCCAAGGGAAAUGUUUUUGCUACUGAUGCAAUAAUAGCUACACUCAUGACUGCAACACGAUCUGUUUACUCCUGGGAUGUUGUAGUGCAGCGAGUUGGAUCAAAGUUGUUUUUCGACAAGAGAGAUGAUUCUGAAUUUGAUUUACUAACAGUGAGUGAGACUGCACAUGAUGUGGCUUUUGAUGAAGGAAAUGGAAUUAAUUCUCCCACAAAUCUUGGCCUUGAAGCAACAUUCAUCAAUCAAAACUUCUCACAGCAGUGUCUGAAGAAAGGGCAAGACAAAAAAGUAUUUCCCAACUCUAACCCAUUUGUUACUGAUGAGGAUGAGGCACAAGUAGCGUCUGUAGCAUACAGGUAUCGCAAAUGGAACCUGGGCGAUGGAAUUGAGCUGAUUGUGAGAUGUGAACAUGAUGCUGUAAUGCUGGGACCAAAUGGAGAAGAAGCGUACAUCAAUAUCAAGACAUUGAAUGAAUGGGAUCCAAGGGCAAUUGGUGUAGAUUGGCGUCAGAAGCUGGAUUCUCAGCGUGGUGCUGUACUAGCGACAGCAUUAAGAAACAACAGCUGCAAAUUGGCAAAGUGGACUGCUAGUUCCAUACUAGCUGGAUCAGAAUAUCUCAAACUAGGGUAUGUGUCUCGCGUAAAUUUCAUGGAUUCUUCAAAGCAUUCGAUCCUUGGUACACAACAAUUCCGUCCUAAGGAGUUUGCAACUCAGAUAGCCUUGAACAUGGAUAAUGCCUGGGGAAUACUGAGAUGUAUCAUUGACACCUGCAUGAAAUUAAAUGACGGAAAGUACCUCAUACUAAAAGACCCCCUAAAGGGUGUGGUGAGAAUAUACGACAUUCCUGAUAAUACGUUUGAAUCAAGCGGCGAAGAGGACGACGAUGAGGAGGAAGAGGAGGACGACGAUAAAGAUGGAGAGGAAAAGAACUGAAAGAAGACAUUUGCGACCUUAACAUUGUGCAAAUUUGGAGACCAACACGGUCAUAUCUUCUUUAUGUUGUUACUCAAUUUUUUAAACUAAUUUUUAUUUGGCCCUUCUCCUCCUUUCUCUUACCGUCCCUUUUUUCUUACUAAGAAAAGGGGGUUGGUUUGAAUAAGCUGCUGGCUUCUUGUGACUUGACUCGUUUUCAUCACGGACCAAACAUAGUAAGAGAAAGUAUAAAUGUUUAGUGUCUGAAUAGACAAACUGGAUUGUUUAAUUUUUCUUAAUGUUACUCUAACUAAGGGAGGCAUCGUGCCUCUGAACUAAGGUGUUCAUUUGUCACUUUACUCUAUUGUUUAUUUUACCGUUCUUUGAAGUGAGAAAGUUAAUUCUUGGAAUUCUUGGUUUUCAAUUCAAUGCUAGUAAUAUACGGGGACAUAUGAGGUCACAUGUUCGUUCUCAGUAAACAGAUUAUCUGCUUGAA